GUGAUUUUGAACAGCUACCAUAUAAAAUGUAUAAUCUAAGAAAUAUUAUUUUUUUGCUGGUUUGUCUUCAAACAAUCAAAUUUUGCUAUUGCAAGGAAACAUUAGCUAAAGAUCUUAAGUUUAAGUUAAAAAGUGGUGAUCUAAUGCCUAUGGUUGGACUUGGAACGUCAAGAAUAAAAGAAAAGGAAAAUGUGGAAGAUGUUUUGGAUAAAGCUUUUGCUGCUGGUUACAGACUGAUAGAUACUGCAAAAUUGUACGGAAACGAAAUAUACAUAGGCGAAGCCCUGAAAAUUUUGUUACCUAAGCAUAAUCUGACCAGAAGAGAUAUCUUCAUCACAACAAAGUUAGCACCCGAGGACUUGGGAGAUAAGGCUUAUGAAGCUCUUAAAGAUUCAAUUCAGAAAUUAAAUACCGAAUACGUUGAUCUAUAUUUGAUUCACUGGCCUGGAGCUGCAGAUAAUUUAAACAAUAGCAUUAAAAGGGAUAAAACUUGGGAACUUUUGGCUAAGGGAGUAAAAGAUGGGCUUGCCAGGAAUAUCGGCGUUUCAAAUUUUAACAUUCGACAUUUAAAUCAAUUGUUGAAGAACGAUUUUGGUGUUAGGCCAGCAGUUAAUCAAGUGGAAUGGCAUCCAAAUUACCACCAAGAUGAUCUCAAAAAAUUUUUAGAUAAAGAAGGAAUAUUGCUUCAAGCCUAUUCAUCUUUGGGUGGUUCUAGUAACGAUAAUUUACGCAAAAAUGAAAAAGUUAAAGAAAUUGGCAAAAAACUUGGAAAAUCACCUGUUCAGGUUUUGCUUAAAUGGAGCCUCCAACAAAAUAACGCUGUUAUUCCAAAAGCUACUUCCCAAAAACACCUUGAAGAGAACAUCGAUUUAAAUUUUGUUAUUCCAGAAAAAGAUAUGAUAAUUUUAAACACUUUUAGCCAAAAGAAAAAUUCUUGGAACUCCGAAGAUAUUGAUUAAUUUUUCUUUAAUAAUUUGUAGGUACAUUUUUUUAAGAAUAAAAAAUAAUAACGAAUUAA